GUGAUCUGGCACGGAGGCGGGAAGGGAGCACAGCACAAGUCCUAGACGAGGUUUGAGUCUUAAGCUCUCUGCUGCCCGACUUUGGUCGACAUUCCUCCGUCAGUCCGGCCCGCAGGACUGAGCCAAACGAGUCACUGUGCGUAAUUACGCAUCGGGACGACACAUCCGCGGCGUUUUUCGGCGUGGAAAUCCGCGGACAAAGGGAGGAAGGAAGGCAGGCAGGCUGGAGUACAACUGACUUGAGAAGAGAGGAGUACUGUUGGAGGGGAAACUGGGGAGUCUGGAGUCGGAAGUGAUUUGUCUUUUUUUUUCGGAAAUGUAAGUUGCGUCCAAGAUUUCGGGGAAGAAGCGAAUCCGUUUAGAAACCGAGGAGAAAAGGACAAAAAGUGGAGUGCUGGUGAGUGGAAUUAGUCCUCAAACAGCAUCCAGAUCCUCGGAGCAUGGGAGGAGUUGUCUGAGCUGUAAAAUGUUCCCGGUCCAUCGAGAAAGGGAGCAGCCCAUCUUCAGCGCCAGAGCUCAUGUCUUCCAAAUCGACCCGGCCACAAAACGGAACUGGCUGCCAGCCAGUAAACAUGCGGUCACAGUUUCCUUUUUCUACGAUGCCAGCCGCAGCGUCUACCGCAUCAUCAGUGUUGGUGGGACGAAGGCCAUCAUCAACAGCACCAUCACUCCCAACAUGACCUUCACCAAAACCUCCCAGAAGUUUGGCCAGUGGGCAGACAGCCGGGCCAACACCGUCUACGGCCUGGGCUUCUCCACAGAGCAGCAGCUGCAGCAGUUUGCAGAGCAGUUUAAGGAGGUGAAGGAGGCGGCCCGUCUGGCCAGAGAGAAAUCUCAGGAGAGGUUUGAACUGGCCAACCCUGCGCUUAACAUUGCAGCUCCAGAGCUCUCCCAGGACUUGUCCGAGGAGCGCCAUUCUCCCCCGCUGCUCACAGUCAACGGGCCCGGCGAGGAAAAGCUGUUCCGCAGCAAGAGUGCUGAAGUGGAGCUGACGGCAGAGAAGGAGAGGGUCAAAAAGAUGUUGUCUGAAGGGUCCAUGUGUGAGAUAAACCUGGAGGCUGAGCUUUUCACCCUGCAGGACAGUAACUCCAAGUUGGUGGAAGCACUGCAAGAAGCCAACGGCAGCGUGGAGCAGUGGAAGAAGCAGUUGGCUGAAUACCAGGAGGAGACCGAUCGCCUCAGAGAGCAGGUGGCAGAGCUAGAGGCCCAGCUGGGGCCUCCUGCUGCUGGUCAGGCGGUUGGAGAGGAGCUGAGUCGAUCAAUGGAGGAGCUGGAAGCCCUGCUGAGUGCCAAAGAUCAGGAAAUUUGCAAUCUACAGAGCAAAAAAACAGAUGUGGGUGAGCUGGAGAAAGAGAGAGAGGAGGCCAUGCAGAGACUUCAGGAUCUGGAGAGACAAAACAGCGACUUGGAGGAACGGGUCCAGAGUGCUGAAAAGACGCUGGCGUCUAACCGGGAGGAGCAGAACCAGGCGGAGGUCGAGGUCCGACGCGUCAUCGACGUCCUUGACGUCAAAAUCUGCGACCUGAACGACUUGAGACAGAGCUUGGCAAAACUCAUCGACAAAUAGCCACAGCAGCAGUUGGGCUGCAUCUCCACAGUCGGCUCUGGUUCCACCCGUGUGGCCUUGAUUUGUGUUUUACUGGUUUAUCGGCAGAGCAACAAUCAAAGCAAUGUGUAAGAAAAUAUACCGGUGUUUACCUUCAUGGAUCUGUGUUUUUAAGAUCAGUGCAGGUAAACGACAGCUAUCACAAACCUCUUUUCGGUGUUAUGUGCAAAAUAAAAAGUCACAUUAACACUGCGAUCUUGGUAUGCUUAUCAUAAACAGUUGACCGUGUGAUCUAACUGGCCACGACUUGUUUUCCCAUAGCCGAGUUCCCAGCAGCUGCAUGUCCUUCAGCCCCUGAAGAGGAUGAUAUGAUAUUUACAACAGGUUUUUACUUCGUUCACCAUCACCAAUUAACACUCUGAAAGCUUUUGAUGAAUCUGCUCUGGAAGAACAACGUCCUCUUCCUCUUUUUGAGACCAUAGCAAUCCAGUGUUUUUACCAGGUGGUUUACGAUGUAAAAUGCUGAGUAGUGUCUGCUAGAAGCUGACGGUCUUUUCAGUGAUGGACUCAAUUAUUUAUGAUCGUAUUACUGAUGUUUCAAAAGGAUUGAAUGAUUUAUUGGUAGCAAAUCAUACUCAAAUUACCAUUUUAAAGAUUUAAACUAGCUAUUUCGUCAUUUUCAACAAGUAUCAAAGAAAUUUCUAUUUUGUGUAAAGUAUCUUUUUUUUGUUUUCAUACAAAGUGGGCACUCCCCUUGUAUUAUGUUUUUGUUCCUGAAUUAAGAGGCAAGAGUAGCUGUAAAACAAGGAAGUAAUCAAAAGAAAAUGGCCUGGCGGUGUUUAAUAUAAGCUCAAGUUCUGUUUUCCUGCAGAGCACAGCAGGACACACCUCAGGACUCGAGAUGGUUGUAAAAUAACGUUUUAUGGACACUUACUUUUUUACUCCUAUAUUAAACAUAAAUAUUUGACCAUAAUUCUGGACAUAUGGUUCAUAGAAAAAACAAAGUGACAGUUUUGUUCACUGCAAGUUUGGCAGAAGACUUUUGACACAUUACACAGCCGGAGGCCCACACAUAAUAAUAGUCCUGUGUGAAUACACCUUUUAGAUAUGUAUUUUCUCAUUCUGCGAGAAAGACAACUGGGAACAAUCGAGACUCGCUAUACGUGCAAAAUGUCUGCUUUUACACAAUAACACCCUUCCUUUAACACUGUGGAGAUGCACCCAGUAGGAGUCUGGUCGGACACACUGAGGCAAAGACCCUGAAUAAAGGCAGCUCCAGUUCACCAUCAGCAGCCGGGGCCCGUCUAGCCAGAACAUCAGCAACCUGCUCCCAUUCUUCCUCUUCAGCGUACCACGGUUUUUUUUCUAUGAGGACUGCUCUUUUCUCACCACUUUAUUCUAUUAUUCAUGUACAUUGAUGCGUUACUCUGUCAGGAUGGGAAAUCAGAGAUGGCUACCAGCAGAAUUUCUGCUAUAUUCAAGCCGCGUGUGGUAGGUUUGGCCACUUUGACAAGAAGAUCAGUGUUUGAAGAUCCCGAUGCGUCACUGGUCUGUGGACAGUCGCUGCUUUCUCACCCGGCAGAGUUGAACCUGAGAUUGCACUCGAUUAUGUUUGUGCCAAGUUUUGAGUUUGUUUACAUGUGUCAGUGUUCACAAAAUGAUCCAGUCCUGCUUCAUGUAAUGUUUCUGUGUUGCUCAACACUAUCAUUUACCAGAAUAGUAAAUAAUAACCCUAGAGAGGCACAACUCAUGAGCUCUGCGGAAGCCCUGCUGAGGAAGGUGGAGCUGUGUGCAUGCACAAUAUUAUGCAGGGAGACUGCAAGAGUUCAAAAGCACAACUGCAGUAGUUUAGUAAAUAGGUACUUAAUUCACUUGGCUGUGAGCUUUAUAUGUAACCUUCUGAUGCACAGUAUCUUGGUCUUUGCUUCUCGCCCCCUGAUGAGUUGAUUUCUUCAGUAAUAUAGGUUAAAAUAAGGUGCAAUCUUUAGCCGAUGAUGCAGUAUACUGCAAAAUCUAAAAGGCUCAAAAUGUAAUUUAAAUCUGUUGUGAAACUACCAGAUAAUGUACACCAAAACCGUUUACCUGCAGUUAUUACUUUGAAUGGUAUUGUACCAUUUUCAACUGAUGGUGUAUUUCUAACUACAAUUUAUAUUAUAGCUUAAGAACAUUUUAAAAAUAUCAAAUGGUCAAAAACCUCUACAGUCCAACAAGUCUAAUACAGUAAUGGCUUAGUGCAUGAUGUUGCUAUUGAUCACAUUAAGAGUUUAUAUUGUACCUCCAGUAAAUUAAGAUUGAUGUUUCAUCAUUUUGACAAGUUACUACACUAACAGUUCUGACCAGCUGCUACAAGCAAGCGUCACUGAAUUAGCAAUAGAUGAGUAGUUUGGAGGUAAUGAGAGCUCUGCAAACAAAGCCUGUUCCCAUCCAUUUCAACAGAGGGGUUUUCUUACCUUUUUUUUUUGUUCGGCUUUACACACUACCAGCCUUUUAUCAAGCAUGAAGGAAAUGGAGGCCAUCGGCUCCUCAGCAUGAGCUCCUCACAGUUGAUGUCAAACACUUUGUCACAACAGCCUUAUUCCAGUGUAUCAUUAAUGCCCCAAACCACUUAAUACAGAGUGGUGCCCGUAUACACAAGAGACCAACUGUUCAACCCAAGAAAUUAAGUAUUAAACCUCUCUGGAUCAAUUAAGUCUCGAGUUAUUGUACUUAAGGGUGUAAUACCAGAUCCAAGUGUUUAAAGUACACAAUACAAUCAGUUGUGUAGACAUUUCAAUGUUAGUUUUUAUCAAUAUUGUGCAUUUACAGAUUUGAGGAGAUCUCCACCGUAUCUUUGAGACUAUUUAGGAACCUGUUGGCGAUGUACGUAUUCUGUGAAUUGCUGUGAAUUAAAACCGAAUAGUUACAUCAGCAACAGGUCCCUAACUAGUCUCAGAUACAGAGGAUUCCUCCUUAAAUACACUGGAAUAAGGCUUUUUGAAAAAGUUAUGGGAGAAUGCAGUACCAAAGAUGCAUCAGUCAGGCAAAAGCCACAACUGGAAUAAACAACCUUUGCAUGAUGCAGAAGUUCAUCUCGAUUAAGAUUUUUUUUUAAUUUGUUUCGUCUAACAACCUUUCAAUCAAGACUCAAUACCUCAUUUAGUAGUGGAUAGUUUCAUUGAAGUAUUGGGUCAUUGGACUGUAAAACUGGUGUUGUCAUUUUACAAGAACUGAAUUUGAGGACGUUUGUAUGGUAUUUGACAGUGAGAAGUUCCUUAUAUUUGUAUAGAACUGUUCAACAUUAAAACUGAGGGAGGGCAAGAAUCUCA